GUGGACGAGUGCAAAACAAACAUGGCGGCGCCCACAGGCGAAGAGUCCGCGGAGAAACCGGGAGAGGAUUUAUCAAGCCCUUCUUCCACCAACAGCCCCGACACCGACAUGGUUUCAGAAAAUUCAGGGGAGCUACACGACUGUGUGGUGGAUUUCCUGAAGACGGAGGUCGGAAACGACGUGAAAUCUCUGAGGAAAGUCGGCGACAUGCUGGAGAAAAUGAGAGAGGAGAACAAGCAGCUGGAGGAGCAGGUCAUGAUGAUCUCCAGCUCUGUGCCGCUCAAAGUGUCUGCAGCUCUGUCCGCCGCCGAGGAGGCCAGAUGUUCUGUGGAGAACCUGCUGCAGAGAGAGAGAGAGCUGUCCAGCACCCUGCAACAGCACUUACAGGAAGCCCAGCCGUGGAUGGACAGGCUCGGACAGACGCUCGGCCAUGUUGACACUAUAGAGAGACACCUGAAAUACCUGCAGUGCCUUCAACACAUUGAGGAACUCAGUGCGCUGGUGCAGCAGUGUCUGAUGACCAACAGCGUGUGGGAGGCCAUCAGAGCCGUGGACAGCAUGGCUGCUCUGGACGCUCAGCUGCAGCAGUCUGGAUGCUCCCACCUCAAGGCCUUCCUCUCAGAGACACUCGUCUUCUGGCACAAGAUCAUCAAAGACCGACUGGCCAGUGAUUUCGAGGAGGUGCUGACUCUCCUUCAGUGGCCCUUCAUCUCCCCUCCCACUCAGUCUCUGGCGCCCCCUGCCAACUCCCAGGAGAUCAGCAGCCAGCUGGAGCUGCUGGCCACACAGCUGCUGGCCCUGCAGACCUCCGAUGACCUCAUAUCUCAGAGGGCGUCGGCCUCUCAUGCAGGCGCCCCCGCAGGCCAGCCCCUCACCCUCUCCCCACCCCUUUGCCUGCCCAUCCAGAUCAUGCUGCUGCCUCUCAGUAAGAGAUUCAGAUACCACUUCACAGGCAACAGACAGACCAACUCCCUCAGCAAGCCAGAGUGGUACCUCACGCAGGUCCUAAUGUGGAUGGGGAACAGCUCAGCCUUCAUGGACGAGAAAAUCCAACCUAUUCUGGACCGUGCCGGAGCCAACAUCAACGCCAGGGUAGAGCUGUGUCGAGGGCUGCUGUCUCUGGUCCAGGAGAAGGUGGCCAGCGAUGCUCCCAGGCUGCUGUAUGACGACUCUCUUUUCUGCCAUCUGGUGGAGGAGGUGCUGCAGUUUGAGAAGGAGCUGAGGAGCAGCCAGCUGUAUCCUGCAGCCCUGCCCGGCCUGCUGCACCUCCUGGUGGAGGACGCCACACUGCAGAAGUGGCUCACUGUGGAGAAGAAGAUGGCAGUGGAGAAGGUGGAUGCCAUCCUGUCGGCUGAGGGAGCGUGGAGCUCUCAGUACCGAGACAUCAGUGACGUGGAUGAGCUCAAGGCUCCAGACUGUGCUGAAACUUUCAUGACUUUGCUGCUGGUCAUCACUGAGCGCUAUCGGUCGCUGCCCUGUCCCCGAGCCCAGCUGAAGUUUCUGGAGCUGCAGAGGGAGCUGAUCGAUGACUUCCGUAUCCGACUCACCCAGGUGAUGAAGGAGGAGUCUCGCUGCCCGCUCGGUGCCCGCUAUUGUGCCAUCCUUAAUGCUGCCAACUAUAUUUCCACUGUCCUGGGAGACUGGGGAGACAACGUGUUCUUCCUGCAGCUGCAGCAGAUGGCAGUGUCGCUGGGCGAGGAGCAGGUGCUGGGAGCUCUGGGGCUGAUGGAGGUGGGCCGCCUGGCCUCUCUGGAGGAUUCACUGUUUGAAGGUCUGCUGGCUCUGCUGGACCGGCUGAGAGGAGACAUGAUGGGAAGACUGCUGGAUGCUGUCAUGAGAGAAAUCAGAGAAAAGGCAAAACCCUACUGCCAAGACAGGUGGUUAUCCCUGCCCUCCCUGUGUGACCAGUCCAUCAUGUCUCUGUCCAGUUCAGCAUGUCCCAUGAUGCUUUGUGUGCGGGACAGGUUGUUGUACCUUCAUCAGGUGCUGAGUCUUCCUCUGUUCCAGCUGGCCUGGCAAGGCCUGGCAGAGCGACUGGACAGUUUCCUUUACCAGGAGGUGAUUCUGUCUAAUCACUUCAACGAGGGCGGCGCCGCUCAGCUGCAGUUCGACAUGACCAGAAACCUGUUCCCUCUGUUCGGACAUUACUGCAAGAGACCAGAGAAUUUCUUCAAGCAUGUGAAAGAGGCCUGUGUCAUCCUGUGUCUGAAUGUGGGCUCUGCCCUCCUGCUGAGGGACCUCCUCAGGGAGUCGGAGGAGGAGAGGAGAGGCGGAGGAGUGGAGGUGAAUCCCUCUCCGCAGUCGGCGCUGAACGAGCUGGGCGUUUUCCGCCUGGCGCCCUGCGAUGUUCUGAUCCUGCUCAACCUGCGAGCCUCCUGGCCUGGACAGUGAUGCUCCACUCUGCUCCCAGUCAGCACAACACAGAGUGGACUUGGUCUCAGCACUUCCUAAAGUCCUUCCUGUCCAGCGAGGUGGAAGCAGCGCCACAGCGACACUCUGAGGCGGUCACGGCGCCGCGCUGUGACUCCUCUGCCCGUGGACUUGCCCACAUAACCGACUGACCAACAGCUCUAUGCAAUGUCCAGCGUUUUGAGUAAAGUACAAAAAUAAAUCUGAACUGAAAUCUAGAACGUCCGGUCACUCACAGUUGUGUGGCUGUAUCACUCGGACGAGUUGCCGUGGCAACACAGAUCGAUGUUGUGGCGUAAGCACAACCCAUGUCCAUACCAAAUACUGAAAGAAGUAGUCAGUGAUUUUAGGUGAUUGUACCUGGACCAAAAUAGGAGCAAAUCUACUCUUAAUCAAAAUACCUGGCAAAAUACACACUCAGUGGCCACUUGAUUAGCUCCACCUGCACAAUCCAACUGUUGUGCCAUAAAGUUUUUCCUUUCCUGCUGCCUAUAAUGCUCAGCUUUUCUUGUUGUCACAGUAAUAGAGGUGUUCAUUCACUUCUAUGUUUGGCACUGAGCUCAUAGUUAGUGCUGCUGUUGGACUGGACUGAAUUUUAUUGAGAGCUGUUUCCACUAUUCUGUCUCCUCCACAUGUAUAUAAACAAGGAGGACAAAAAAUUGGAAACACCUCUCAAUAAAAUGUAGACCUCUGCAAACUACAACCUCUGUAAUAAACACAGAAUUAAAUUGACACAUUCUCCAACAAAAACUGAACAUUAUUAAUUUCAUUAAAAGGUAGAAUUUUAUGACAGAGCUGUUGACCUGAACUGUAUUACAGCUGGAGCUGAGGAAGUGGACACUGAGUGUGUAUCUCACUGGACUGUCUCAUGUCACCUCACCUAACACAGAUAAUAUGAGUGUAUUCAAACUGUUAACACUACAGCCCUGCCAGCAGUACCACAGCCUGCUCCAACACGCCCUGUAGCACUUCAAGAGUUUAAUUUCAAUACUUUGUUUAAAGAAGACUGAUAUAUAUGGAAUAUAUGGAAGGCACUGGAGAUGCCACCAAAGACUGGAUGAUAUGAAUAAGGUUGUCUGUCUAAAAUGCUUUGGUUUGAAUGGACCCUGCCAGUUAUUUUGAAUGUUUAGCCCAUUUACAACAAUUUACCUACAUUUUACAUUGCAAUAAACCACUUUCGGGAGUACAAAAGAUUUCACAACAUACAAUCACAAUCCCUUAAUUUUCAAAUAUGAAUUUUUGGUGGAAACAGCCGCCUUAAAAUGUUCUGUGUCUGCAGCUAACAAAGACAUCUCCAUUCAUACACCACAGAAAGUUUGGAAAAAUUAUAUUGAAGAUGAGCAAAAAUGUCAAGUUUAAACAUGUUAUAGAUUUCAGGCUAACGGGCAAAAUCACUGGUGCGGUCCUUUAAUCCACUUAGUGUAUAUUAUGGUUCCAUGCUGGUGGAAUAUAUGUGUGUACAAUUAUAUUAAUUUGAAUGACAGUGUUGCUCAAUAAAAGUUGAAUUCUGUCCUCA